GACGUAUUUCAAGCUGUAAGGCCGUUUUGGACGGAAUCUUGCUCCUUCCACACAUCAUCUAGCUUUUGUGCUCGCCCGAAUCUUAUCUACGGCAGUCGUGACAUCGUUGGUCCAUUUCGUCCGUCUCGUAUUACUCUCCGUCUCUCAGCUCGACUAGAACGUCUUAAACCCUCUAGGCUAACAGAACGCUCAAACCAUGUCGUAUCCUCCAUAUCAGGGCGGUCCUCCCCAGUAUGGCCAGCAACCGCCCUAUGCCCCGCAAGGCCAUUAUCCUCCUCAUGGACACUCGCCUUAUCCGCCAACUCAACAGGGUUACCCGCCUCCAAACAUGAAUCCAGCUUAUCCCCCUCCGCAGCAGCCGUACGGCCAGCCGGGCUAUCCGCCACCUCAACAGCAAGGGUACGGACAGUAUCCUCCUCCCGGACCACCCCAAGGACAACCUGGAUACCCACCUCCUCAGCAAGCCUACGGCCAGUAUCCUCCACCAGGCCAGCCCUAUGGUCAGCCGGGCUAUCCCCCGCAGCAGCCACCCUACGGAGCGCCAGCCCCUCAGAACUUUGGGCCGCCCACGCCGGCCACGCCCGGCUAUAUCCAGGGACAGCUUCCCCCCACGGACAUGAACGGGCCGGCGGCGGAGCUGAGAGACGCGAUGAAGGGGUUUGGAACGAACGAGAAGAAGCUGAUUCAAACGCUGGCGUCGGUGCCGGAUGCGCCGCACAUGGAGAAGCUCAGACGGACGUACGACGAUCGCUUCAGGAGAUCGCUUAUCAAGGACUUGCAGUCUGAAACCAGUGGGUGGUUCGAAGAGGCCCUUUGCGCACUAGCUCGUGGACCGCUACUCCAAGAUGCAUACGCAGUUAAUUGUGCUAUCCGUGGUGCUGGAACAAAGGAAAAACUCCUUGACGAAAUAUGCCUUGGCCGGUCAAAUGCAGAUUUGAACGCAAUCAAACAUGCAUAUCAGCAGAUGUUCGGAAAAGACAUGGUCAAAGAUAUCAAGGGUGACUUGUCAAUGAAGACUGAAAAGCUCUACGAUUACGUUCUCGAAGCUCGCCGCGCUGAAGAGUCAGCGCCGUGCAUACCUCAUGAAAUUGAUCAGAAGGUCGACCGUAUUCAAGCCGCUACGGAAGGGACCAAACUAGGCUCGAACCAAGACGUGGUUUGUCAGAUCUUCGCGUACUCUUCCGAUGGUCAACUGCGCGCUAUUGCACAUAGAUAUAAUGAGAAAUAUCGAACUCCUCUUGACAAUGUGAUCAAAGGAAAUUUCUCGGGACAUAUGGAGCAUUCCCUUCGUCUGAUGCUUGCUCGUGCGGUAGAUAAGGUCAAAAGCGAUGCGGAUGAUUUGGAGGCAGCCAUGAAAGGACUGGGAACUAAAGAUGAACUUCUUAUCAACAGACUGGUCAGGAUACAUUGGAACAAAGAGCACCUUCGCCAGGUAAAUGUCGCUUACCAAAGAUUCCAUGGCAGAAGGCUUGUGGAUCGUGUUAGAGGCGAGACGAGUGGUGAUUAUCAGAGAUUUAUGGUGGCUCUUUGUGCUUAAUAAUUGUUGUAUCAGCUGCAUGUCUUCUCUUUCAGCUGCACUUGACUUCAGUGUUAAAAUGUUGAUAGUGAUACCAUUAUUCGCUUCGCAGCAGGACCCUAGCAACGAACACGUGGAUAUAACAAUGUCUUCAUUCUAAAAUUCGGAUUUUCCUGUAUAACACCUUGGAAUUCUUGAAUCAGAUGAUCACAGAGUAUGAUAAAAAGCAGAUAUAAGUAACAGAUUUAUUCACAGUUCUGUUUAUCAGCGGCAAACAGUAGC